UUUGGGUGGGGUUUCAACUAUUUAAUCCCGUAAGCCACCUCUCUUGUUUUAUCAGCGCCCUCGCCUACAUCUUACGAUCUCGUCUUCUCCGCGAGAUUCUAAUUGCAACCUGUGCUGCUUUUCCCUUCCCGAGUUGUUUCCACGACACAACUCCAUCACUUUUGAUCUUCUCGCCGCCCCCGUUUAUGCUCUCCUCCAUCCCUCCUCACACCUUGUGUGUUUCGCUUGCCGGCGCCGCCAGUGCGACUCCGCCUUCGAUCGGAGAACUGUCCCUUUCCCAUUUUCUCACCUGUUUCUCCAUAUUACCUUCCCCCAGCUUCUUCGAGGACCAGCGCUGCUCCCCUCCCUACUUUGAACAGGUCCUAAACGGCAUAACGCUUAGGUUAGAACAUUCUAUCAUAGGCCAGAAGAGCUUGUAGCUGUUUAACUCUUGCCAUCUCCCUUUUUUUAGUCCAUUCUCGUCAAUUUUAUAUGGGGAAGAAGAAGUUUAUUGAUAAGAAGAAGUCGGCUACCUUCCACCUCCUCGCCCGUGACACUUCUGACAGUACUGCAUUUUUCUCUGGUGGGCAAGUGAAUGAUCGUGUUUUUGUCAGGGUAGACACUAACAAUUUCCAGUGUCCUGGAUUCUCCGGUGACGAUGACAACUUUGGCCAUUCUGAUAUAGAUGAAGAACCAGAUUCCAUCUUUGCUGAUGCUGUAGGUGAUCACGAAGAUGAUGAGGGGUGUGCAAGCAGCUUGCAGCCACCAUUGGCUGCUGGCACUUCCAUGUCAAGCUCUUCUAAGAAAGGGGAGCUGCUAGAUCAUGUCAGGAGGGAGAUUUUAGAAUUGGGCCUCCCUGAUGAUGGAUACAACUAUUUAAUCCACAUGCGUGAAAUUAAGAACACAGGUGGAGGCUCCUCCUACUUUGAGAACCCUAAGGCCAAGCUCGACAAUAUGACACUUGAUGUCAAGGCCUAUGAUGCUUCAAGGCUUCAGAUUAAUUCUGAGGUUAUUGAUGAUGCUGAUAAAGACAUGAUGUAUGCUGUUGCUUCAGGCACGAGAUCAGUCAAAGUCCAGAGGGUUGUGGAUCCAGAUGUUUUGAGAUUGCUAGAUGACAGUGAUUUGUCACGGUUUGGAUCAGAGGAUGAGGAUUUUGAAGAGGACUUUGUGGUCAAAGCAAACCUUCCUGAAGAAGAGGAAGAACAGGUUAAACAUGUAGAGGAAGAGGGAGAAGAGGAGGUCAAGGCUGGUGCUGAAGAAGAGGAUGUUUUAGUAGCAGAUGGUGGUUUAGAUCUACAGGAGCAGGAGGUGGAUGGAACAGUUACAGUGGGAGGGUAUGUUAAUGAUAAUUUUAUAAGUGAUGAAAAACCGAGAGUACGCCGCUUUUUGGAUGAACAGUUUGAUUUGCUUACACUCCGAGAGUAUGACAAUGAUAGUGAUGAUGAUGAUGUUCAUUAUGGUGAUGCUGAACGUGAAGUGCUUAAUUCUAAGCUUCAUGAUGCCCUUAAAGAGUUUGCACUAGACGAAUUAGAAGUUGAGGGCAAGUACAAAGUUCCAGGAGAUAAAAAGUAUGACCAUCAAGAGAAAAAUGGAGGCACAGUGGUAGAUGAUCCCGAAGUGAUCCGUAGAUGUGUUGAGUAUGCUGAAAAAUACUUAAAUGAAAGUCAGGAUGAUGAAGAAGUCUUUGUUGAGGAAAGUAGUGAUGAAUCUGAAGGUUGGGACUGUGAGACAAUUGUUUCUACUUAUUCAAAUCUUGACAACCACCCUGGAAGAAUUCUGGCUCCUGAAAAUCUAAACAAGAAGCUUCCAAGAAAAUUUCCUGGAGAUUUAAGUACAAAAAGUAAUGUGAUUGCUCUUCGAGGAAAGGAGAAGCUUCCAGUUGAUUAUCUACCUAACAAGGCAAAAGCUCUUAAAGUAAAAUUGCCAGCAUCCUUGAUUGAUGAUAAACCUAAGAGGAGAUCACGCAGCGAGGAGUCAAAGACUGAAAAGAAGGAGAGAAAGGCUGCUGUAAAAGAAGAGAAAAGAGAAUCACGGAGGGCCAAGAAAGAACUGAAAGGCUUGUACAAAUGUGAAGGCCAAAAAGCUCAGAAAGUUGCUGCUAUUUCGGGGCCAUCUUCCAUACACAUAAUGUAAUGUCAGAUUUAAAUAUAGAGAGAGAGAGAAGUUUACUCCCGAGUUUGUAUGGCUUUGCAGUUUAUUUCUCAAGUUUUAGAAGCUCCUUUUCAAAAAUUUUGAAGGCACUCUAUCUGCUGCCCGUGUUUCUGCAUAAUCCAAAGGAAGGUGUUCACCAACCAUCGAUACUUGACUUGCAAGGAUAAAUGGAUGUCCAAAUCGAUCCGUUUACAUUAUUGGUAAACCGAGACUGAUCAAUUUCAUAGGUACUGUGUUCAAGUUCCCAUUGAAUCAACAUGAUUCAAUGUUUCAAACUUGGAUCAGCUAAUUCCCUUAAAUUAAUCAGUCACCAACAAUAAACAAAUAAUGUAUCAAUCUUUUGGUCAGCAAAUCGUCGGAAUCCUAAUGAUUCCACCUAAUUGCUU